AUGAUGGACCCACUACCUCCCACUGGUGACGAGACUAAGAUCUACGUGUUGGGUGGUUACGCUAGCAUCAGGGCUCUGUGGAUGUACGGCAGCUACGCAGACUUCGUCACACGCCGACGUAAGACCAUCAUCACGCUGCCGAUAGGCGUCGCCGGCACCGGUCACGUGAUCUACAACGGAACCAUCUACUAUCCGCAGUACAACACGGCCAAGGUCACGGAAGCUCACGGCGACCAGCACCUCCCGGGUGCCCUCUAUCAGAACCAAGGGCAGUUUAGCUUCGGUUGUUAUUCGGACAUUGACCUGGCGGCGGAUGAGAGAGGACUGUGGGCCGUGUACACGACGACGGCCAACGACGGCUAUAUACGUCAUCAGCAAAACUGCACCCCGUUACACUGCAGGAACACCUGGAGAACUAACGCUAAGAAGCUCAAUGUUGGAAACACGUUCUUCAUCUGCGGGGUCAUGUACUCGGUCGAGGCGCACACGAUCCUGGAUAACAGAGUCUCCUACCAGUACGACACGAACACGCAGGAGCAAAACCUCAUAUCGAUACCGUUCAGCAUCAAGUACGGACUGCUAACUCAGAUGCUCUAUAACGCUCGGCAUCGCGCCAUCUUUGCCUGGGACAACGGACAUCUCAUCUCCUACCCCGUAGAAUUCCAACCGUCACGUUAGGUUCGUCUGUGACGGAUCCGCCUGGAGCGCUGCUCGGGUGGACGUUGUCGUUCGUGGCGCCCCCUACCGCCUAUAGCUGCGAUAGAGCCGUUUACUAAGUGCUAGUUUCCAGCUGAGGUUAGAGGAGGAGGUGGAGGAUACAUUUAUAUAGCGUGUCCCCAUGAAUUGCAUCGCUCACGUGCGCGCCCUUCUGCGCGUGAUCCACAAGAUGUCACGCCACGUGAUCCACAUGAUGUCACGCCACGUGAUUGAUGUUACAGUGUGUGAUUGACGUCACGGCGCGUGAUUGACGUUACAGUGUGUGAUUGACGUCACGGCGCGUGAUUGACGUCACCAAUAUGGCGGCAUACUGCCCGGAAUUAUUUUGCCUUCUAAGUUGACGCGAAAUAUAAUUGAUAUCAACUGCAUAGUUUGUAGUGUCUGUGAAUGAAAGACGUUAUAAUAACGUCUUUCAUUCACAGACACUACAAACUAUGCAGUUGCUAUCAAUUAUAUUUCGCGUCAACUUAGAAGGCAAAAUUUCAUAUACUAAUGCAAUAACCGUUAUUGCAUUAGUAUAUGAAAUUGAGGUUCUUGAUAAACUAACUAAGAAUAUCCUUCUUAACGAGUUAUAUGUCGGCGAUAAAACUAGAAGAUAUAUAAUACGUGAAAUCUGAUCACCUGCCGUGUACUAUCGCUUGUCUUCCCAUCAUGCACUAGUUAAUUCACAUUCCACUGAGAAUGAGAUCGUGCAAAUAUAAUGAUUGGAUGGUCUUAUAUUGAGUUUGAUUU